CGAACUCAACACAUCAGCUGAUGUGCCAUCGUGUAUAAACCGAAACUUUGUUUAUAAUACCUUUUAUUUUUUCCCCAAGUGAUUGUUAUUUGUGUAAAAAAUUAAAUAAUAUUUUUAUUAAUAUUACCAGUGAUAAGCAAUACCUCUGAUUAAGUGUAAUAGAUGUGAUAACGAAAAGACUGUACCCGAAACGAACAAAAAGUGCUCAAUUAUCAGUAAUUUAACAAAUUAGGAAGUUAAUCAGAUGCCAUAAGCCAGUUGAAUAUUGAUCAACUGAUAUACAAUAUAUACAAUAACAGGUGUAGACUGAAUCGUACUUUUAGUGAGUCUAGGAAACUAAAACGAUCCCCCCGGCUGGUCAGAAAUGAGAAUCGUCGGCAGCAGUAUGAUUUCAGCCUUCAAGCGGCUUUCAUCCGUUGGAAGCCCCUCGAUCUUGGCCAGUAAUAUCCGAUCUUUGAGUGUCUUUGGAACCAUGAGUCUACCCGAUCGGAAGCCAUUCUCCCCAGAUUUUUUCUUCCGUCAACUUUUCGAUACGGAAAGUAGCACUUAUAGUUACCUUCUGGCCGAUUUGAAAAGCGGGGAAGCUGUGAUUAUUGAUCCUGUUUUGGAGCAGGCGAAACGAGAUGCUCAGCUGGUGAAAGACUUGGGUUUUCAAUUGAAAUAUGCGAUCAACACCCACAUGCACGCGGAUCACAUUACGGGCAGCGGAUGGCUGAGGAAACUGACGGGUUGUCAGUCCAUAAUUGCCGUAGCCAGUGGAGCCAAGGCAGAUCGUCACUUGAAGGAGGGAGAUCGCAUAGAUUUCGGCACCCAUGUGAUAGAUGCCCUGGCCACUCCGGGACACACCAAUGGCUGCAUGAGCUAUGUGAUCAAGGAGCAGGGCUGUGUCUUCACUGGGGAUACACUUUUGAUUCGGGGAUGUGGACGCACUGAUUUCCAGGAGGGCAGUCCCCGUCAUCUCUACGAGAAUGUUCAUGGCAAGAUCUUUACACUGCCGGAUAACUUCCGUAUCUAUCCAGCCCAUGAUUACAAAGGUCAAAUGGAAAGCAGUGUCUGGGAGGAGAAACGCUACAAUCCCAGGCUUACCAAGAACCUAGAAGAGUUUAUAAAAAUUAUGGACAACCUGAAUUUGCCUUAUCCCAAGAAGAUAGAUGCUUCUUUGCCGGCCAACCGGGAGUGUGGAGUAUAUGAUAUUCCCAAGGAGUGAACUGAAAACCAUCCACCUUUAAAGACUUCAUAUAGGCAGCUUAUAUGAUAAUGUUGCUAUUAUAAUCUACAAAAUAAACACAUACUCUUCUUAUCAA